GUGUACAAUCCCUUGAUAGUUUGUGGUUGAUGUGAUGAUGCACAAUCCGCAGAAUCCCUGGCUUCCAAGGCUUCUUGAAGCAGCUUGAUUCCACGCCUCGAGUUGUUUCAUCUCUGGGCUUCAUCAGAAAGACUUCUGGGCAAGAGUUUCUGUAAACUACCCUCAACGAGGAUUGAUGCGGCGAAGUCUCCUGUAGUACCGGUCCUGGUGCCUCACAGUAUAAUCAACAAGAUUGAAUGGCUACGCAGCUAAUGUGAAGAAUACAAAGAAAGCAGUUGAAGAAAUACCUGGAUAAAAAGAAUUAUAAAUGAAGUGCAGAGACUGAGGGAGGAGAAAAAAAAGUGAAGAGGACUUGCAUCAUAAAAACCAUGAGGAAUGGAACCAAACAGCAAGAAUAUCAACCCAAGUUUAAAUAGUUUGAAACAGUUCACAAUCCCCAGGAAAAAGAGUGCUGACAAAGCUUACUUAGAAAUUUGUCAUACGGAUUGGCGCGAGUACAGCUUCUUACAGUCAACUUUAGAUGGGUCCAAACUUGACAGCAGUUACAGUUUGAACUCCCUGUGGAGGCUUGGGGACAUGAAGCUCAUACAUAAUGUGAAACUCGAGCGGCGAUUUGCAGAGAAACGGGCUAAAAUGCGUGAAACCGGUAGACGUGGGAAAGAGCUUGAAGAACACACAUUGUUUUUGGUGACGUCCCACAGUGCAGCUUUGAAACUGUAUCAGGAAGGACUGAACAUUAACUGUUCUGCCAUGAGAGCCCUGGGAAAUCCAGCUUGCGGUGUUUAUCUUCAUCGGCAUAUUGAUGUCCUUCUGAAGUACCAUCAGCAAAACAAUCUGCUCACAGAAACAAUUGUGUUUUUCAAGGUGCUAUUAGGAAAAGUGAGGACAAUUCCACCGUGCGUGAGAAAGGGGAAGGCUGAAGUGGACCCUACAGCAAAGUUUGACUGUCAUAUGUCCCAAAUUCCACCCAACCUCAGGGACUCAAUUGAGAUGCAGAUCGUCAACUCAGCGGUGUACUUGUAUGAGUUUGAUGCGUUCUGUAAGACGAUGGAAUAUCCGAGGCAAUGCCUGCCCUAUGCCCUUGUUACAGUGAGGUUCACAGGCCACAAGGUGAAGACUGCUGUGGCACCUUUGUGGUUUGGUUCUGCAACCACAACCCCUUCACUGCAUGAGAUGCCCAAACUGAAGAGCUGCACAGUUGCCCAAAGACUUGGUAGAGGAAAGAACGCCAGAGUUGUGUACCAGCAUUUUGGUCAAAAGGAAGCUGCAUCUGGUCCCCCCAUCCCAUCCUCUCCUGGUAAUGGUGUUGGCAAAGUGGUAACGAGAAUGACUAACCAAGACCCAAGGCUGCAGAAGAGGCACAUCUGUGCCGAGGAUAAGAGGGAACGCCCAGUCCCGAAGGAAGUCUCACCACCCAUCGAACUCGAUGUCCUAAUGAAAACCCUCUGCUUCCUCAAAGCACGUUCCUCCAUUCUUGCCCAGCAGCGGAGCGAGAGUGCAGCUUGGUCUCAAGUUGGGGGUGGAACUGUACAGGAGCAAGUGCAGGGUCAGGAGCUGCAGGACAUAGCGGCGAAGCGUGAGAAGAGUAUGCCGUUUGGAUGGUCAGCACCAGUUAUCAUGGUAGCUGGCAGUGGCUCCCAGUGCGCCCCAGAUGUUUCUAAAGCUGCUCAGCACCACGAGCAAAGCAAAGCAAAGCCAGGUAGGGGGCUCACUUCGCUAACCGGGUUAGGCCUGAAAGUGGACUCGGGUAUACAAAUACGUGACCUUCCAGACAAGGCAAACGUGACAGAACCCUUUUUUGAAGACAUCAAGUUGUACGAAAGUGAGGUGAAGAAAAAGUUGCAAAAGUAUUCAGCAUUCUUGGUGCUAUGCGACAAAGAGAGACUGUCAAAGAUUCAAUCACUGAAGAAGUUGAGCAGCACAGACAGAAAAGCCUUCUACUGCAGGCUUAAAAAGUACGACAAAUACUAUGAAAGAUACCAGAUUGAACUCGGUCUUAACAAACCCUGCAGUGCCAUUGUGCCCAAAACUCCUGAUGGGAAGUAUCCGUAUGACUUGUUUUAUUUUGCAGGACAAACUGCCCAGCCCUGCUCAUGUGCUUUGACACUUGGGGGCAGUUCACCCAGCCACAGCUCUAAACUGGCCUUUAGCCCGACCACUUGCUGUCUGCCAGAGCCCAGGGAAAACCAGCAAACUGCAACCACAUUAUCUGAUUCGAAGGGGACGAGUGAUAAAUCGAACUCCACUGCAGCAGUAAACAAUCAGUUCCUUGAUGACAGGAGUUCUGACAGUGGGGUCUUGCACACAAGAGUCACUAAUACUGAAAUAUCUGUCAAGGCUGAGGAAAUUAUUCCUGAAUCCAGCAAGACAGCAGGGGAUCUGCAGCAAGAGCUGCAGAACUCUCUCGGAAAUAAAGGGACGAGUGUGAGCGAAGAUGUAUUGGUAAUCACUGAGUCUCAGACGCGUAUAGCUUCUCCUUCUGUGAUGCCCGAUGAAUCCACACACAAUCAGCUCGACCUCCUCAACACUGUUGAUCACUCUUCCAAUCAAAGUGUGUUAAAUGUGGAGAUUACACACAGUUAUGAAGUGCCUGCAAUAAUGGGGAUCUUUGAAGCAAGCAGAAAAGUGGGGUUGAAUGAAGAAGUGGUGGUGACUGAGGAAAUGCAGAGCUCCUGGGAGAAUGAUGAGAUCAGAGAAGCUGAGGAUAGAUUGUUUUCAAGCUUUCAAUUGGGAGAAGUACAAGUGUCUACCACUUCAAGUAAAGACAAAAAUGCAACAUGUGAUGACCUGCCGAACGUAGAGCCUUUGCUUGAUUUCUUAGCAGCACGGAUUGAAUGGGAAAAUUUGUUUGAACAGUCAAACGAGAAUGAGCUGACAGUAAGUCCAGAUUCAACCAGAACUGCUAAGAGAUCUGGUCACCAUCUCCCACCUCCAGCUCAAACUCAACCUGGUCACCUGACACUUCAUUGUUCAUGGUUUGCAGAUGGUGAUGAUGAGAGGUCCCAACAGAUUUCAGCAUCAUUAGGUGAAAACCUUUCAACCUCAGGCAGGCGAGCAGUUGUUCCUAAUCUGCAGAUAACACUAAACAAUGAUUUUAAUCCAGUAUAUGAUCGGCAUCUUUCAUUGAUAGAGCCAUUUGUGACACCUGGCACCAGUUUAGAAUACUGUGGUGAAAAUGACACAGAGUCCAAAAACCGGACUGAAACCAAAACUGAGACAUGUUUAACAGCAGUUGGGAAAGACUCAGAAGGCAUUUUGAUUGGAGAAACUAUUAAACCUGCAAGUAUAGCAGAAAGUCUAAGAUUUAAGGAUUCAUUGCAGACAGGAUAUAAAGAACUGAACCUGGUUUUCACAAAUGCAGAAGGUGAUGCAAAUGGAUUGAUAUUUAAAAAUGAUAUGCAUCAUACAUUAGAUGAAGCAGCACCCCUGCCUGGUGUCAACUGUGAGCAGGAAUGUUUAUUCUCUAUACUGCCAUGGGAUAAAGAACCUCCAGGCAGUGAACAAAGUGGCAAUUCUCAGAGUCCAAAGAGUCACCACUGCAAAGCCACAGCAAAGUAUGUUGAUCAUUUGGCAAACUCCCACUCUAACAAGAAGGUCAACGUGUCUGACCACGCAGAGAGAUUAGCAGAAGUGAAGUCUCUAGCUGAAACCCAUUAUACAGGGAGCAUUCACCAAGGUAACAUCAUGAGUCACACUAAAUCAGCAGGUGACUAUCCCAAUACUUUGUGUGAUGACUCCUGUGAAGAAACUCUGUUGGAAGAAAAGAGUGUGAAAAAAUUAGCAUUGGAACCACAAGACAAGGAUGUGGGAGAACUGAAACAUAGCUCAAAGAAAAUCAGUUGCGUAAAAGAGAAUUCUCAAGUUGCCUCAAACUGCAAUGUUUCAUCAGAUCUUCAGCAUAUACAUGGUGAACCUGACAUUAAAAAAGUAAACAGACAAGACAAUAGAAAUGAUAGGGGAGGAACAGAUAAUAGAAGGACCGUCCAUGAACUAGUUCAAAAGCUUAGAAGUAAGCAACACAAAGGUAAUAAACAGAACAGCUUAGUUCAGCUUACUGGGGAAAUCAAAGGCAUUUUAGAUCCUAAUGAUAAUUUUCGGAAACAGAGAUUGCCAAACAAUAAGACCCUGGCUCUGACUCACACAGGAACAUCCGCAAAAUAUGCUCCACGUGUGGAAAUGUGUUUAAAAGAAGGCAACAAGGAGAAAGUCCAAAGGAACGACAACUGUACCAUUAAUGUUACCCCUCUGUAUGAAAGACAUAUUGGUGCUUUUAUCAAUUGCGAAAAGCACAUUGCUCAAGUGGCAAGUGUUCUGGCGAGGGAAGCCUCCUUAACCAAAAGCAGCCGCUGGUCCAAGUUACUUACCAAAGCAGUGACAAAUCUAAACAAAGCCUCUGAGAGAGUUAGAAAGUCUUCGGAAAUUGUGAAAAGCAUUGGUGUGGGGGAGAGCCAACAUUCACUGCCAAGGUCCUACCAGAGUAAUUGCGAUGAUUUUUUGAAAAGCAGUGAAGUAGAUGGUCAAGGAUAUUGCAAAAAACACUGGCAUCGAUCUGUUAGAGAAAAAUGCCCCAAAAGUGGCGAACUCAACAAGCAAAAGCAAGCAAAGAGAUUAUCCAGCCUGCACAACCGUCGUCAAUGGCUCUAUAAAAAUGGGCCGAGUGCAAGUUUCAAAAAAUGGACAAAUACACCUGAGCAAAUCCCGUGCUUUCAGAAAGCCAACAGUUCAGCUGAGGUGGGACUGGCCACCGUACUAAACACAGCAGGUACGUCAACAAAUUCAGCAGGGUUUCAAAACACCAUGAAGGAAAUCCAUCCUCACUGUCUCAUCAUGCAAACAGAUUGUGCACAAAUCCCAGGUUCAAACUUGAAUCAUUCCCAAGAACUUAAGCCUUGCAAAGUGAAUCUUUCCAGUAAACUAUUUGAACAGACUACACUGCCUAUUGUUGACAGUCAAGCGAAGUCCGCUUCAGCUAAGCCACCAGUUGAACAUCACUUGGUGAGUGCAGAAAAAAUGACACUUCCCGCAGAACCGAAAUCAACAGAAUCUCUGUGCAACUCCAGAUUUGAGAAAUCCCAAUUGGACUUGCCUAUCAACCGUCAAAAAGAUAAAUUCUUUGUUGGGAGAGAAACCAAGAUGGAAACUAUAAUGGAACUUCCUGUAGACUCGCUGAUAGUGAAUUCUCACCCAAAGUCUCAAAUGGUGGAAUUCCUAAACAACUCCCAAAUAGUGAAAAUUCCUCUUGCUUCCCAAACUGUGGAGACCUUGGAAGAAAGUCAGCAAAUGAAAUCCUCAGUGGAACUGCAAGGAGCAGAGACUCAGUUUGAAAAUUGCCAGCUGCAAACUCAAUGUGCUUUCAAAGCGAUGAAAUUAUCGAUCAACGAACAAAUGACCGACUGCAAACGUGACGGAUCGGAAUUGACAUUUCCUGGCAGAUCUCAAAGUUUCGACCAUCCAGCUCCUUUCAGGAUAGCUAAAUGGCCUACAAAGGCUGAUGUAGUUUACCCCCAUGAGAUGGAACUGCAGAGCAACUCCUCUGAGAGAGCGACAUUAAUUGUCACAAAACCGGAAGGUCCUUUUCAAAAUGUCGAGACAAAUUGUCCCAUUAAAUCUUUCUCUGCAGAAUCUCGAACUGAGUUGUACCAAAGCAUGGAUAAUGCUGUUGCUUUGCAAACAGCAGUGACUGGACUUGAGCAUCAGAUAACUAAGUCACGUGUUGAUUUCCAAGUCAAUGUUGCAAAGCAUAAAUUUCAACUUGAUUUCAAUGCAGCAUCUCAGACUGAAGACCAAGUCACAAGCAGUGAAAGUGAAGGAACAAACCUGGAACAUCCUGCUGUAUGGGGGGGUGCUAAAUCUUCUGUGCCUUGCAAUAUCAUGCAGCCCACUGCUGAUUCCCACGUGGUGAAUGGCUGCGUGGAAUCUCAAGCAUUAGCUUUCCAGGAUGGUCUCAACAUGGUAAAAUUCCCAGGAGGGGAUUCGGGAAUUGAAUCUAAAGAUGAGGAUUCUCCUGAAGCAGAGAGGGAGAAAGGAGAAAUAGGUUCAGAUAAUGAAUCUGCAUUGAAAGAAAGCAGUCGAGUUGUAGUUAAUCAGAAGGCAGGCAGUGUCAAAGUUCAAGCUGCUGCAAUGGAAAGGAUAGGCAGUAAGAACCCUCUGCCACAAAACGUGAGAGAAGCUCAGAUAUCUGGAAGUCUUGUGGCUAAGAUAUCUGAGAUUUUACACCAAGCUGAUAGCACACCUCUGCUGGACAAGCUAGAAAAGUUGAAACUGAACUGCGAGAAAAUGCUUCCCUGCUUUGUUUCAAGUUUUGAACUCUCCCAGGGCGAGUCCUUUGCAGACACCUUUGUUUGUGGGGACUGGUUUUUGCGUAAUAGCGAGUGGAAUACUGUCAAGGCUGUACAACUAAAGCCAAGUGCCCUGGAUUCCUAUGUGGAGCUCCAAAUGAUGAUGGAAACAGUGCAGUUCUUAGAAAACAAGAUCAGUUUUCUGAGAGGUCUUCCAACGUUUCGAAACUUGCUGUGGUACGAUGAGACUUUAUACAGUGACUUACUGGCCGAGAGAGUGGGCUACCAGCAGCAGUCUACCUUGUAUCCUUCCUUCCAAGCAAGAAUCCAGAAUAAUUGUUUUGAAGCACUAAGAGAUUAUCAGGCUCAGAUUCUGAAAUCCUGCCAAACUGAAAUUAAAGGGCAAAAUGCUUAUUAUGUCUACCUCAAAAACAGACGAGAAUUAGAAGAAUGCUCGUCAGUAAUGCAGAACAUCUCUGACUGCUGUUACUUCUGUCUUUCUGUCCCAUUAAUAUCCAGUAUAAACUAUGGGGAUAAUCUGGAGAGUUUGGAAGUCCUGCGCAAAAAUGUCUGGACACUGAUAGACAAAUAUACCAGCCUACCAGAAGGCCAGCGGGACGAGGCUAAGUUGGUCCAUUUGUGGAUCAUUAUCGACUUUGUAAAUGCAAAAUCUCGCACCAUCCACAGCUGGCCGCCUGUUAACGAAGAACUCUGGUGGUUUGGACUAGAACACUUGCAGUUCAAUGCUGCCAAGAUGCUUGUUUGGGAGAAGAGAGUAAAAUGUGAAGAAUUAAACAGUGGCUUGACCCAAGUGGGAGAGGGCCACAUUCGGAAAAAUAAGUUAAAGGAGCUAAUCGGGGAGUUGAACAGAGAAGCACUGUGCUUGUUGUACAACAUAUACAACAGCUUGGCCUCAGAGAGCAUAUGUGUCAGCAGCAAUGAGCAGACAGAUCCAUUGUACAGUUGCAACAUGCUGCUGGGGACUGACCAGGCCAUGGCACUCCAAGCAGCAGAGGGUACCCUUACAGGGCACCAAGUACCCAGACUUGGCAGCUGUCACAGAAAUUACUUCUAUCCCCUUCUGGACCAAAACAAUUCUGUCGGGAAAAUUCUUGAGAGGUCGCAGGCUGCCCAGAUGGAGGAACUGGAGCAGCUUCUGGUCACAUGUGAACAUCAACUGGAGUCAUUGAGAAGACUUUUCCAAGUACUGCAGGACGUUGAAGUAGAGAAGGUCCUGCUGACAGAAGCGAGUUUUUUAGCUGGGCUUAUUUCUCAUGAUACCAGCGCCGUUCUUCUGAAGCCACAAGCGGUGGAGGUCUACAUUGAGCUGAUCAUGAUGUAUGAGACAGUUCACUAUCUGAGAAACCUGAUGGCACGUCAGCUAAACCAAGCAACAUACAGAGGGAUGCUGUGGUUUGACCCAGCCUUACUCCCUGAACUGCUUCACAAUCAACAAGACACCUCCAUCUUCUCCUUGUUCCGUGAGAAAUACUUGCAUGACCCAGGUGAAGCACUCAAACAUGCGAUUUCUACACUACAACAAGAACUGGAUUUAAUCUAUGAGUAUAGGCAAAGUACCAACUAUACCUAUGCAGUUCAACUACUGUCAAGGGAGCUGUCUGAAAUAAUUGCUGUUAAACAGUACAUGCAGCAGCAUGAUAUUGGUGUGAAAACAUAUGUGAAUGCUGUACCUUAUGCAGCAUCGAUUAACUAUGGCUAUACUGAAUCAGACUUGAUGUACAACCACGGGCAACUGGUGCUGGUUCUAGAGAAACUAAUCAAGGAGCCCGAGAAAGAUCUGGGGAAGAUGGCACAUGUAAUGGAAGUGAUGAAGAGCAUUAUGGACAUGAGGCAGGUGACGGCUCAGGGCAGCAGCUCCACCCUUCACAUUCUCACCCACCAGAUGCGGCAAAACAGCAAGAAAAGGAGACUGCUGGGUGACUCCAAGAUGCUUCAGGAUUCAUUAAAGAUUGAGAACAGCGCGGAUGGUGCAGCACAGGCUCAGUGGAAUGUGCAUGCAGACUUCAUUACAGGUUACAAGAGGCACCGUGCCUCAUUGGCUAACAUAAGAAAACGACGGGUCUGUGACUCUCCAUUGUUUGAAAAUGGAGGAGACUGUGAAGCUGAUAAUCCUCCCGCCAAUAAGCGAAAAAUGGCAAUGACCUGAAGAGCUCUGCAUACUGAGCAUCGUCUCACAAACAAGAAGCUUCUGUGUGUGCUUCCUGAUCUGCAAUUAAGCUGGAAUGACAAAUACUAUUUGCAUCAUGAACAGCAAGGCAAACGUUUUCACAGUGAAUAAAUACGUGAGCAAAUGAACGUGACCUUGGUAAAAUAGAUUGAUAUUUGAAAUAGGAUUACAUAUUUUACUAGAUCUUCACGGUGACUAGGUGAUUACAAGCAGGUUUGCCCAAAUUAUAGUUACUUGUGUAGAGGGGCACUGUAUAAAUUAGUUAAUUCUUUUGAGUAAGUGCAAAGAUUACAGCACAUAAAAAUGCAUAAUGAAACAUUUGUGUCAGAUCAAGAUAAAUAUCUGAUCAAUGGAAUCACGACUAUAAUGAAUGCUGAAGCACAGCAAACAUGAAUUUUCCAUUGGUUUUAUUGCAAGUAUAUUUACAAUGUGCUCAUGUGGCUUGAAUUUAUUUUAACGGGAAAGUAUUUUCUUCUGUCUUGUUGAAAAACAUGCGCAAUCUUGGAAUUGGUACCUAUCUAUGUACUUGAUGCAAGGUAACAGAAAAUAACCUCAACUUCUUGAGUUCAAAGAAACAUAUUGUCUGUGACAUUUCAUUUUGCUGAUGUACUUUGAUAUUUCAAUUUCACAAUUUCUUUUGCCAUGUUUGUUGGAGUUAAUUCUGUAAUGCUUUUCGUUAAAAAAUUGGAACAAAUGUUUAAUCAUAAAAAAUGUUAUUGUAUCAGGAUUUUAAGUGGUACUUUGAAGAAACAUGACACUGGAAUUGGCAAAUAUUCCGAGGGUAUGCCUUCAGCAGGCAACCAUUCCUUAUAAGAGAGAGGGAAACCUAAAUUCUAAUGUGGCAUUUUUUCAGACAUUUGCCAAGUACACCAAAACCUUCUGAUACAAUUAAAAGUCUGCCAUUCCCAAUUUAUUUUCUUCCUACUUGUUAAAGGCCAAAAGUAGAUGUCAUGUCACAUAAGAAAAAAAAGUGUAUACUAGUCAUGGGAAAAGUCUAAUUUUUUUAUAUACUUGCCAUUGGCUGUUUGCAUUUUCCAAGUGUUCAUUAUUUCUGAGAUAAACAUAUAGAUGUUGCAACAUUGCAUAGCUAUUUCAUUCAGUCUUCACUGUUAAAGAUUUGAGAAGUGCAUACUAGUGUGAUGUGUGCUGCUGAUGGGAAAUGAGAGUUAGUGUAUAUUUUUUAUACCUUACUAAGUUUUUGCGUUGAUGGAAAUACACAUUUGACUUGGUGC